CGACGAUGGGGAAAGUGAAGAGUAGCAGCGACUUGUUCCGGCAUGUCGAAUGUGAUUCAUCUCACGAUUCUUGACAGAACUUAGAAGACAAAAAGGAAUCAGUGGAAAUCGAGAGGUUCUGGCUCAGCCUAUCAGCCUGCUGUAGCAUUCAGUGAGAGAUCAACCUGUGCCAUUCCUUCACCGAUCGUGAUGGACGAGAAGCUCAAAAAGCUGCUGGAGUCAAGGAAGAAACAUCAGGAGGAAGCGGAAGAGCUGGAAUGGGCACCAAGGAGCACAAGUGCAGAAGAGAAACCGAAACGUUCUUCUACUGCAUUCAGAAAGAAUGAGGAGCAAGACUUCACGUUAUCGUCCACAGCAUCGGACAAGGAAGAUUGUUCAACCCCACAAAAUAAGAAGUUUGCUGAGGACCGUGCUCCCACGAAUGCAAAGCGAAAGCUUCCCGACCUGUCCAGCAAUGAGUCUCCGAGUCUCUCGAGCACUGAGAUCGCAGACAUCACUGCGGGUGAAGCUCGCCAUGUCUCGAUGGCAGCGAGUUCCGAGCAGCUCCCUCCUGCAACUGCUGCCCAGUCAAGCGACCCCGAUAUGGACGGUCACGCGAUGAAGCAACACACAGCACACCAAGACUUCAGAACCGAUGCUGGUGCUCAUCUCGGUGAAGCUCGUCCGAUCUCGUCUGUACAGGACGUUGACUUCGAAAUCUAUCCUGUUGAAAGCCAAGCGGAAGAAACAAAGCCGUCAGAGACUCCACAAGCAACACUUGAUGAAUCCAGACUUGAGAACUUUGAGGUCAAACCCGAUACACAUCAACCCACCUUGCCGUGGCCGGAGGAGCAACAUCACAGGGGCAUAUCCAGCCAUGAAAUGUCAACACAUGUGGAGAUGAGAAGCGAUGUCAAUCCAAGUGAUGACACUGCAGCUGUUCUCCAUGUUCAGGAGGGGAGCGCAGCAUCCGGCCACGGUGCUCAAACAUUGGAUGACAUGUUUCAAGAGUUCUUCCAUCCAGCAGAGCCGGGGGAGACCAAAGCUGACAGUCGUGAGGAUCUCUCGAGUCAAACUACUCCCAUCAGAACGUCAAAGCCCAAGAGUCCUUCAAAGACUCGCAAUAGCGAAGGUUCGCAUAAAUCAUCGCCGUCAAAGCAGUCGAAUCCGCUUUCUACUGCAAUGCCGAAACAAAGAGUGAAAGUGAUCUCUGAAUAUACCAAGAGCGAUGGAGUAGGUGCAGGAGCGCUUUUCCAUGACGAUCAACCAGCUGCUGAGCAUCAGGGAACAAGCACGUCCGUACCAGCUUCGAUGCGGACCAAACUGCUGGAAAACAACGUUCUUGCGAUCUCUACAGGAUCAAUUGCAGAGAGAGCUUCUGCAGCAAGGAGAAUAUGUCGACGAGUGAAAACAUUUGAUUCUCUCAAGCAGCUGUUGGGUAAUCAUGUCAUCAAAUCCAUCAGCAACCUGCUGAUGGAACCUAAAGGCAUGGAGGGAGCAAUCGACGGGUUGCUACCCUUGUGCUGUUUUAUUGGCCCUACAAACGAGGAGGACGAGGAGACUUUGGCCCACCUGUGCAACGAGCUGGAAGCACACGGCGUGGCUGAGAAAUUAGCCGCUAUCCUUUGUUCGUCCAUGCUGAGCAUCAGAACGAAAUCGAAGAUAGCAACACUCGUUUUCUACAUGGCAAAAGAAGAAAGAUUUGCAAACUCGUUGUUGAAGGAGCAAGGAGCAAUCAAAGCCUUAACAGGUCUGCUGGACAGCGAGCAAGAAGAAGCAAGCUCACGGGCUGCGGCGGCCCUUGCUAACAUUUCAUACUGGAGCAACAUAACCUCCACAUUUUACAGCCACCUGCGAGUACAAGUAGCCCUGUAGCAGGCCUGCUCUCCUUCAAUACAUCCGUUCUCCUCUUGUUCCC